GAAUUGACUAAUCGCAUCAGUUCUUUAAUAGACCUGACCAAUAAUGUUCGACACGUCGACUGUGGUAGCUUUAAUCGAUAUAAUGGCACAGAAAUAUCGAGAUCAUAUUUUGUAAUGUUCUUAUCAGAUCAUCAGAUUGAGAUCGAAUUAGAAUUUCGACUAAUCGAAACAAAAAAAAAUUAAUUUCAAAUUUACCGAACUUGGAUCUGAUUGGGUGAAUUUCGAUCUCUAAUUCUAAUCCGAUACGGGCUUUAGCAAAAAUCCUGGCCUGUGAUAUAGCCUUAAUACAGAUCCGAAGAAACACGAAACUAGCCGAAGUGAAUAUAUUCUUCUUUAUCUUAUCGGAAACAGACCCAGAUUAUUUAUGUGCAUAUAUAAGCUGCAUAUAAUAACUGCAAUCAAGCUGUGUUUGAAAAUUUACUGUCAACAUUGAAAAUCCAUAUGUCAAUGUAAAGAUUAUUUAUUCUUCAUGACAUCAGCAGAACAUUUUAUCAGUCUUAUAACAGUAGCAAGUGCAAAGAAAUUAGCUACUGCACUUGUUAUCUGUUUUAUUGUAUACCAUGGAGUCAUACAUCUUAUUUAUGGUAGUGAUUCGUGCAAAUGGUUAUUGAUGGAAGGCAGAUAUAAAGGAGAUAAAGAAUGGCAACCAUACGGAUGCAUGAUGCAUCAUUAUACACAAACAGACAGCAGAAGAUGUAUGAGAUAUCUAGCUUUCAUGGGCCACCAUAAUCAUUUUGUAUUCACUGGCGAUGCUAGAAUAAGACAAUUAUAUAAAUCUUUUGUUUCACAAUUUAUGGUUGAUGGCAAAGCCUCAGAUCUCACGGAGUUGCCGGAAAAUUCCGACUUGGGGUUCAAUGAUGGGCAGCUGAAGUUAAAUGUACAGUUUUUAUGGAGACCGCGAAUUGAUAAUUCUAUGAUAGCUGAUCUCAGAGGCUGGAUGAAUACAGAUGCGCCUAGUGUUAUUGUCGCAGGUUCCGCUGCAGCUGCAAUUCUUGCAAACAAUAACAGUGAUACACAGCUUUAUUCUGAAUAUAAUACGGGUUUAAUUCGACUGGUACAGCCAAUAGACAUUCUGACUAAGAAAGGAUCUCAGUUUCUGUGGGUCGUACAGGAUCCUGUGCUUAAAGAAAGACUGCCUGCACAAUUAUCAAGUUUAGACAACAAGCAGAUCAAUUUGUGCAACAAAGCCGCUGAAAAAAUAUUGUCUCACAGUGAGGCUCGUAUAUGGCAAAGCAGCAGAUUGGUCGGCACAGGAGUUCUCGAACAAAGUCCGGAUGGUUAUUUGGCGAGUCCGUUGUCGCUGCGACAUAAAGUUCAAAUACUUUUGAAUACAUAUUGCAAUGAUCACAUGAACUUCGAUGACGGCAGUUGUUGCAGUUAUCCCGAACCGGCAACUACUCUGCAACUGUUAAGUUUGUCCGCGCUUGCAUUAUUUAUAACAAUAGGAGGAAGUGUAUGGUUGUACAGAAAAUCAUGCAGAUAUCGGCCUGAAGCGUCUUAUUCUCAUGUUACUACUGAAGAAACAGAAGAUACAGAGGAAGGAGGUAUUUCAGAGAUCGUUCAAGUCAAACAACCUGAAGUACAAGAUUUUUAUACUCUUAUUACAUCACUAGCUCUCUUCUCAAUUAUAUUAGCAUAUUUUUAUUUGUGCGACAGAACAAAUUUCUUCAUGAAAGAAAACAAAUAUUACAGCGAAUUCAGUUUUUGGUUGCCGCUUGGAUAUAUCUUAGCUCUCGGAUUAUUUUUUACUGAAGAUCGCGAAAGAGGGCCGAGGACAUUAAAUAGAGAGCAAACAGAUGAAUGGAGAGGUUUGAUGCAAGCGGUUGUGCUCAUAUAUCAUGUUACGGGUGCCAAGAAUGUCUUACCGAUUUACAUGUACUUAAGAUUAAUUAACUCUGCUUACUUAUUUCUAUCUGGUUAUGGACACUUUUGUUACUUUUGGCAAACUGGUGAUGUGUCUCUUGUCAGAUUUGCCAGAGUCAUGUUCAGAUUAAAUUUGUUAACGGUGUCUUUAUGUCUUUGUAUGAACAGGCCAUAUCAAUUCUAUCACUUUGUCCCAUUGGUGUCGUUCUGGUUUCUAGUGAUUUAUUUUCUAGCCUGGUUACCGCCUCGAAUAUAUUCCGGAAGUUUGGCGGAAUACGGUCCAAGAGCUUUGCUAUAUUUCGCUCUAAAACUUUUGGGCCUCACCUCGAUAAUUACUAUAUUAUAUAUGUCAGAGGUCUUCUUUGAGAAAGUUUUUGUCACGAGACCUUGGAAGGCGUUAUUCGUGACGACUGACGAUGAUAUUCGCGAAUGGUGGUCACGUUGGAGAGUCGACAGAUACAGUGUAGCUUGGGGUUUAACGUUUGGCGCUGGUCUCGUCGCUCUUCAGAGACUAGACCAUAUUCCAGGGACAGCGUUGUCCUCAUUGCUGGCCUUGCUUUCCUUAAUAGCAUAUACCACUUUUACAAUAUUGUGUCAUUCUGUAUCAGAGUGCGAAGAAAUUCAUUCAUAUGUCGCUUUUAUUCCGAUUGUAGGAUAUAUCGCUUUGCGUAAUGCUUCUUUAGCACUACGUGGAAAACAUUCCGCACUUUUAGCCGGAUUGGGCAGAAUAAGCUUGGAAACGUUAGUUGCACAGGGCCAUAUCUGGCUAGCAGCAGAUUCACAUGGAGUGCUUGUCCUAUUACCUAGAUUUCCAGUAUUGAACCUGUUGGUUUCAUCGUUCAUUUUCAUCUGUGCCAGUCAUGAAAUUCAUAGGUUAACACGUGUUUUGGCACCAUAUGCGGUACCUAAUGACUGGAAGCUAGUGGCUCGUAAUCUGCUACUAUUUAUAGCUGUGCUAGUACCUAUUGGCAUUCAUGACGGAAUGUUUUAAACUUCUUGGAAGCACCAGUUUUAUAAAAGUAAAAUUUUUAACAGACAGUAUUAAUAGAAACUGUAAAAAGUUUCAUAUUAUAUGUAUAGUCCAAUUGGAGAGUUUAUGUUUAGAUAGAACAAAAGAGAUAUACACGCUUUCUUAUGAUAAAAAUGACGAAAAAAUAAGAAAGUCGCAUAUAUCAAUUAUAGAAUUAUAGAAUUAUCUUAAAAAAGCUUGUUUUUGUCUAUUUAUUUGUAUAUUAGUAACUUAUAAUUUAUAUACAUUUACAAUUUAAAUAAAUUAUAAAACAUCCUACUAUAUACAUGUACAGUAAAUAAAUUACUCAAUUGAAAAGAUUAAUGAGAUAAAUAUGUCACCGCAGAUUAUGAAACUUUUAUCUUGACAAAGAAGGUCCUAAUUGUUAUUUAAAUCCUAAAUUAUGUACUUCAGCAAAUUUACACAUGUUUUGUGCAAAGACAUUUGUUCUAGUAAUAAAGUUAUACAUAUGUGUCAA